CCAAGAGAAGCUGUAGAGUUGAGGUUCCCAGCCCUUGGUCAGAUGUCAAUGUGGAGCGUAGCAUGCCUGCCCUCAAGUUCUAUCAUGACUUCAGUUGUGAUGUAACUAGCUGGGCAAUGUCAUAUGGCGUUUGCUGGGAACCUACAAAUGCCUAUUUCAACCUCACAACUGACUUGAUCAACAAACGUUCCAUUGAUCCCAGUUUACCUAUGCCUUGGUGGGAUAAGAUACGGCUACUUCUUCAUGGCCGCCUUACAAUGUCCGUUCAGCAGAUGAAUAUUUUGUACCAUGCAUCGUUCGAUCCGAACAAUACUACAGAUAUGAUGGAUUGGACUUGGACUAAUCUGAUCCUUGAUUGGACAAAUGCAAAGUGGGUGUUAAAAGGAGACCUAGACAUCUAUGCAAGGACUGCCUCUAUGAAGUAUGAUGACUGUAGAGUGUUACAUCUUCCAAAGCUCACAUUCUGUAUAAAUCUGAAAUGGAAUUGUUUUGGAGACAGCAAUGAUCAUCAUUCUGUGAUGCCAUGUGCCCCUGAUAAAAUCCCAGAAUUUUCACUGGAGAAACACGAUUCAUUCCGGGCCUUUAGAUCUCAGAGUCUCAGCCUGAGUAUGAGUUUCGAAACAAAGGGAAAUACAGAGCCAGGAGAAAAUAUUGAUGUGCCAAAAGUGUUAUACUAUGCGAGUACCCUGCGAUGGCUUGAUAAGAUAAAGAUGUGUUUUGACAAGGUGAAUAGACCAAUCAGAAGAGGACCUUUGUUUAAGAACACAUUUCCCAGAAAACCACAGUUUACCAGACACCUCAAGCAAUUUGCCAUAUCCAUGAACUUACACCAGUUUGAAGUUAAUUACUGGUGGUCUUUUGCCAAACAACAUGGAAUAGAAAUGAAAGGACAGUCAUUGAGUCUGAGUAUACGCAACCAAUGUACUCUCACCCCUGUAGAAGAUGGACUCAUCCAUAGACCUGAAAGCAAUUGGACCAUAAAGCAAUUCAAGGUUGAACUAAAUGAAGGCCAGAUGUGGUUAUGUAGUCAGCAUGGAGAAGAAGACCAAGAGAGUGUUUCUAUGUUCCGUCCAGUCAGGAAGAGUUAUUUCAUGUCUGUCGAUAAAGUUAUGUACACAAGAGAUGAACCAACACAACCUGAUGACAUCACUCCUGAUAUUGAAAGUGAACAUCCUUCUGAGAAUCCUGUUCACAAAGUGCAGAUUUACGAACUGAAAGGUAUCUGGAGUAAAUACAACAGAAAUGUCGCCUUUGGUCUGUACAACAGCUACAAACGUGCUAAUGAGCUAAAGAAAAAUCUGUCAGCUGAUGCACUGAAAGGAUUCAAGAUUGAUCCGUCUCAAGCAAGGGCACGGUCUGUUUCUGUAACAUCCCCACCAACUGGAGUACACCGCCCCUCCUCCCCGAGUACAGCGACACCUAGCCCCCAGACAAGAAUACAGCAGGGUCAUGGAUAUUCUAUGCUCCGGAAACUAGUCUCUGAAACUGAUAGCAACUUUGUGGCCUACACAGAGGAGGAGCCAUCUGGAGCUCCUGUAGAACAAUUGUCUGGCAUGCAGGCGUGCCAGACAGAGGACAUUUUACAGAAAAAUUGGUUAAUUGAACUCCACAAUAGUCAGGUUAUGAUCAAAGGCUGUGAGACACAUGGUCACAUGAUCGUUGGCAUGGGGAAGGCACAUAUUUUGUCUUGUAUGCAUCAGCCAGUUUGGCGGGAAAGACAAUUGAAGAGCAAGAACACAUGGAUCGGUUCUGUAGAAUGUAUGCAGUAUUAUGCAACAGUGGAUGCUGGGAAGGAAGCCAGUGAUGACAUCAUGUGGUUGCCAAGGGAAUAUGUUGAAGAUCGUCCAAGCGAAGAGGUGGAAGGAAUCCCAGAAAUGGUUGGAAGUGGUCAAAGUGUUGGUGGUGUCAUAAGUUCCUUUGUUGGCCUCUCUGAUAAGGCCGCUGGAGCACUUGGAGUUCAGAUGCAAAGAAUAAUCUCCAGAUGUCGCUGUCAAUUCUUUUAUGCAAGCUUUGGCGAAGUUGAUAGUACAACUCUAAAAGAAGUCCCACAACCUCCCUCAGAAGACAGUGAUAUGUGGGAACAGGAAAGAGGGGUUGAUUCUUUCACGCUGUUGCACCACGACCUGAACAUUUGUACAAAUCCUCUUCAGUAUACAAUGAUCCUAGACAUAGUCAACAAUUUGUUGCUAUAUGUUGACCCCAAGAAAAAGGCUAACACAGACAAGCUUCAACAGAUGACAUUUAGGUAUCACCUUAGUGAUGCUGAGAAUCAUAAACUUCCCAUUACCCAAAAACAGGAAGAGAUUCGAGAACUCAUAUUAAGCAUGAGACACCUUGAGAGACAGCUUUUUAUGGUUCACAAGGCUUUAGAAGUAGACAGUGGAAUGGACAAUGGUCAAUUAGAAGAACAGAGAACAGAAUUAGAGAAGAAACUGUAUGAUCUAAAACACAAACUGGCUGUUGAGAAUAACGACCUUGGUAUAAUGAUCAGUUGUUACAAAGAUGCUCAACUACACCUGAGAUCACAAACAAAAGCUGCCCUCUCAAAACAAGCAAUUGUAAUACGUCGCAACGAGGUCUGCUUCAAACAUGCUCAGUGGAGACUGACACAGAAAGAUGGCCAGCUGGGGAUUGCAGAUCUAGUUCUACGUAACUUCCUAUACAACAAAGUGAACCGGAGUGAUGAUUCAGGCACGCAUACAUUGGAGCUUGGUUGGAUUAAAAUGGAAAACCUUUUACCGAAUACCAUCUACAAAGAUGUUGUGCUUCCCCAAGAAGGACACCAAGGUCAAGGUCGCCAAGUAACCUUGAGGAUAACAUGCAGAGAGCGCCCUCCAGUUGGAGGUAUCGGGAUAAAGGAACAUUUUGAAGUAAAUGUUGUCCCACUAACCAUCCAGAUAACACAUCAAUUGUACAAGGCAAUGAUGGCAUUCUUCUUUAAGGAAAAAACUCCAGAUUCAGAAUAUGACAGUGGCCAGGAAGCAAAAGGCAAGAAGGAAAAGAAGAAAAAAGAGGGAAAAUCAAGCUGGUUUGUCCAGGCUGAUGACAUUGAUAAAAUGAAGGACCGAGCAGCCAAAAACAAUACAUUCCUCUAUGUGAAAAUACCAGAGGUUCCUAUUAAAGUUAGCUACAAGGGUGAAAAGGGGAAAAAUAUUGAAGACGUCCAUGAUUUUACUUUGAUGCUCCCAACAUUGGAAUACCACAAUCAAACCUGGACUUGGCUUGACUUACUUAUGGCCCUGAAAAAUGACAACAAACGUGUACUCAUUGCACAGGCUGUCAAACAAAAGUUGCAUAUACGAUCACGACUUGGGGAUCAAGAAGCUCCCUUGACAGAUGUACAGCAAGAAGAAGAUAAAGCUAAGAUGCUCCUUGGAGCGAGGCUUUUGACAAAUAAUGAGAAACCAUCCAGUAGAAAAAGUUUGUUUGGGAAAUCAUCUAAAUGAAUGGUUAUUGGGACUUAGUGAUGUCUACUGUAUGUGAGUGAGAUGAGGACUUCAUCAUGAGUGAUGGAAUACUUCAUGAGUGCGUUUUGUGCUCAAAUGCUACAAAUGAACACUUUUAGAAAGAUCAUUUUAUGCUCAAUGUUUUGACAAAUGAGCAAUUUUGUCACAUUAAUGAUAGUGGCAAUAGAACGAUUGUGCAGAAGACGAGUCACAGGCCACAUCAUGUAUGGCCUUAAGACAUUUGCAUUAAUUCUACAGAUAAAAGGGUAUUGCGUAUCUAAUUUUAUACAUAUUGAAAUUGUCAUUUUAAAAUCAUGUCAUACAGUCAUAAUUGUUCCUUUUGACUAACGAUUAUAAACUAUUUUGACACCCCAUGACCAGGAAUACUUUAGGAGCAUUUCUGUAUUUUAAAUACAAUACAUUCUCUCAAGGAUUGAGUUGUUGGAUGAUUUAACAUUGUAUGUCUUGUUUCCUGACCUUUGACUCAGUGCUGCCAAACUUAUUCAAUCUGGAUACAACACAUGAAUGGAUUAAACCCCUCACAAUUCAUGAAGACAUGGGCUCAUAUUCUCUUUACACAUUUAAAAAGAUUUUGUACAUAAUCAUGACUUAAAAGAAUGAAUGUUUUGUAAAGGAAACUUUUGUUCUAAGGGUUAUGAAGACAAAAAGCACAUCUAUUGUGACAUCUUAUAGCCCAAACAUAUACUAAUACAGUUAACUAGCCUAAUUAAAGACUCACUAUGCAUAUUUUUU